ACUUAAUUUCGAUUCACAUAUCAUCUGUCAUCUUUUCUUCCUCCAUCUUUCUUUCAUCUGGUGUUGCGCCGGCGAGUGGUUCUUGAAGCCAGAUAGUGAAAAAUGACUGAAACUUUAAAGCUAAGAGGAACCCUCUGUGGCCAUAAUGGCUGGGUUACUCAAAUCGCUACAAACCCCAAGUAUCCUGAUAUGAUUUUGUCUUCAUCUCGAGACAAAACACUAAUUGUAUGGAAGCUGACCAGGGAUGAAACUAACUACGGUGUGCCACAGAAACGUCUAUACGGUCACUCCCACUUCAUUUCGGACGUCGUGCUGUCAAGUGACGGCAACUACGCCCUUUCGGGGUCCUGGGACAAGACUUUGCGUCUCUGGGAUCUUGCGGCAGGCAAAACCACCAGGCGUUUCGAAGAUCAUACUAAGGAUGUCCUGUCUGUUGCCUUCUCUGUGGACAACCGUCAGAUCGUCUCUGGCUCCCGGGACAAGACCAUCAAGCUGUGGAACACCCUGGCUGAGUGCAAGUACACCAUCCAGGAUGAUGGUCACUCUGACUGGGUGUCAUGUGUGCGAUUCUCACCAAACCAUGCCAACCCCAUCAUCGUGUCUGCGGGCUGGGACCGCACAGUCAAGGUCUGGCACUUGACCAACUGCAAACUGAAGAUCAAUCACCUUGGCCAUUCUGGCUACCUGAACACUGUGACUGUCUCUCCUGAUGGCUCACUCUGUGCCUCUGGUGGCAAGGACAUGAAGGCCAUGUUGUGGGAUUUGAAUGAUGGCAAGCACCUCCACACAUUGGACCACAAUGACAUCAUCACUGCACUUUGCUUCUCACCCAACAGAUAUUGGCUCUGUGCUGCGUUUGGACCCUCUAUCAAAAUUUGGGACUUGGAAAGCAAGGAGAUGGUUGAGGAGCUCAGGCCAGAAAUCAUCAACCAGACACAGACCUCCAAGUCGGACCCACCCCAGUGCCUCUCACUUGCGUGGUCCACAGACGGUCAGACCCUCUUCGCUGGCUACUCUGACAACAUUAUCAGAGUAUGGCAGGUUUCCGUCUCUGCACGAUAAGAAGAUUACAAGACUGGGUUUCAUUUAUUUUUGUGCUAUUUACCAGAGGAUAAAAAUAAAUGGAAUUGCCUAAUUUAA